AUGAGGAAACUAAAGUUGAGUAAUGAACAACUGGGACAGUAUGCCAACUGCCUUACAUGUAGUAACAGUUCAGUAAUUCUGAAGGAGGGGAAGUAUGGGAACUACUUCGAGUGCACACAGUGUCACGAGAGGGUUUCCAAAAGGAGAGUAGAGGACUCCAUGUUUGAUAAGAGAGAAAAUUUGUUCCUUCAAAAUAGGAAAAAAAUCUGCUUCGAAAUGGAAAAGACCCACUCCUAUCGCAUUCACCAUUUUGGAAAUCUCAGCUUUGCCAACGACUUCAACAAAAUAGUCAGCGAUAUAAUCAGAGAAGUAGUCACAGACUUGAGGACAAUAAAAAGACAUAGAAUAAAAUAUAGGAAGAUUAUAAAAUACAUAUAUAGGAUCAAUACAUGUAUCGAUUUGUUCGAAUUUCCAAAGUACACCCAGUGGUACAUAAACGGACGGGACUUUUUUGAUGAGCUCAAAUAUCUGCCAUUGACUUGGAAACCCAGGAGGGACUACAUACAGAGUGGAAUUUUCCCCUUCCACCUAUCGAAAGAUAUUGAGAAGAAAGCCUCCUUUAGAAGACUCAGCGUCGACAAUAACAACUAUCUCUGCGGGUGUGUGUUCGACCUUUGCUCCUACCCUCUAAUGCUACGUUAUUUUGUAUUCCGCUUAUACAACCACUGUUUUGUGCACGAAAUUCCCAGCUGUGUUUUCCACUACUUUGGACACGUCUACCCGAGGAUGCACGAGAAAGCACGUGUACAUAAGUUUUUUUUAAAGUGGAGAUUCUCCAGCGUCAUGCGGAUGACCUACGAGAAGUAUCAGUGCGAACUUGAGGAGGGGCAUCACCCGGAGGAGGGGUAUCAACCGGAGGAGGGGCAUCACCCGGAGGAGGGGCAUCACCCGGAGGAGGGGCUUCUCCACAGAGCGGACUCACCACGCCCUGCUGGGACUGCUCAAAUGGGAGGGGUAAGGGAAUCGCCCACUGCAUGCCCCCCCAAGUACUCCUCCCAAGAAGACAACCGCAUAACCAGCUCGUACAAGUUGGACGAGCUAGCCAAAUCCUCCUACCUUUUCAGUCGAGAAAAACUCAGAGCUCAUAUACUAAGACACCACUACGCGAAACGAAAGCAAAAAGUUAAGAAAAAAAUUUUGAGCGAAAUUAAAAAGAAGUGCCUUGAAGAAAUAAAAAAGAAGCUCCCCAAGAGGAUUCAAAAGGUGAUCCUACCGUACCAGCUAGAAUCUGUGUACUUCUUUAAACAGCAGAAUGGAAGAAUAUUAAUCGGCGACGAAAUGGGACUAGGAAAAACGCUGCAGGCUAUUUGUAUUUUCCACUUUUUUCGGCUUUACCCCACCCUCAUUGUAACUCCGUCAUCUCUGAAGCUUAACUGGGCCUGCGAAAUUGAGAAGUUCGUGCCUGCGUUCGACCCUUCCAAGGUGCUCGUGGUUGGCGGCUCGAACGACUUCCCGAGGGGGGCCCGGCUGUACAGAAUCAUCAUCGUCUCCUUCGAGCUGUACAAAAAGCUGGCCCACCUGAUAAACGAAAUAAAAUUCAAACUAAUUAUCGUGGACGAAAGUCACUUCAUAAGAACAGUACACUAUGGGAAGCAAAGCCAGCUAGCCAAAAUGAUCAAAAGCACCCUUAAAAAGACAAAAAACGUCAUUUUCCUGAGUGGAACUCCUUCCAUAAACAGACCCAUCAAUAUAUACCACCAAAUUAAGUACCUCAUAAACAGCAAAAAAAUUUUCUGUAAAAAUAAGUUCACUUUUGGAGAAGAAUUCUGCAAAAAAUAUUUUUGCAGAGGACAAAAGAUAUACGAAGAAAAUUUACGCUCCUGGGAAUUCCACCUUUUCUUAAAAAAAACGGUCAUGAUAAGACGGUCCAUUUCAGAGGUCUUUACUUCAAGCUUUCCAGACUUGAAGAGAUUCUUCGUGUACUUACCUCAUGGACCUUACACCAUAGGUACAGAUAAUCUCGUCAAUUUUUUGUCACCCUCCCUUUGUCCCCCAAGUGAGGAAGAAAAUGCUCUCCAAAAUGUCGUGAAGGACUCAAAAGAGGGAACCCAGUCUGUUGGCUCAGAUUUUACAACCCCCAACAGACAAGCACUGAGCGAGUUUUUUCAAGUUCAGAUUAAAUCCAAAAAGGUAGAGGAGGGACUCUCUAAAGUGGUUCAUGCGAUGAAAUACAUGGAGGAACAUUUCCCAGGGAAAAAAAAAAUAAUUUUUUGCUACCACCUAACUGUGUGCAAAUGCAUCGAAGAGGAGUUGCUAAAAAUGAUAAAAAGUAAAAAAAAAAGUGAACAAGCCAUUAUAGACUACGUUGUACUGAAGGGAAGUUUAAGCGAAAAGGAAAAGCGAGAAAAAAUACAAUUUUUUCGCAUGAACCACAGCUGUCAGUAUGGCAUUUUUACUAUCUGCUCAGUUAGCCAUGGACUAGACUUCACUUUCUGCAACUUGUGUUUUUUCCUAGAAUUUCCUGUAAACUUCUUUCACUUGCAACAAUGCGAAAGUAGACUAUUUAGGAAGAACCAGCAAUUCAACACGUACGUUUUUUACUUCCUCUUGAAAAAUGGCUUAGGGAGCGACUACAAAACGUGGAAGAGGUUCACACUCUGUGCACAUAGUACUCGCUCGAUCGUCGAUGGAACGGAGUUUGUUGCCAAGGAUCUCCUUUAUGAGAACGUUUCGGGGGACGUGCUUCUGCUAAGCGGGCAGAGUGCCUCACGCGGGAGUGGCGUUCCUUCCAGAAGCAGUUACUCCCCAGAGGAGGCAAGCGCCCAACCCCACAACGAAUUGAGCGGCCAACCCCGCAGCGAAUUGAGCUGCCAACUCCAUAACCAACUGAGCGGCCAACACCUCAACGUCCGAAGCGACCGAAAACGAAAAUUCCUCUUCCAAAUAAACACCCUCACAAACAGAAUCCACGCGUACUACCAAAACAAGAAGACCAACUUUCCCAUGGAACACUUGACCAAGGGUGGGGGGGACAAAAAAUCAGGGACGCUUCUCAAAAAAUGCGCGAUUAAAUUUUUGCAAAAUUACAACAAACUAAGCACGAACGAAAAGAAGUUAAUUGAAAAUAAAAAAUGCGACAUGAACAUAUCGCUGCUUCGCCAUUUGCGCGAUAGAGAAAAUAAAACGAAGCCCCUAAAAUUUGAGAGGUACAUAAAAAACUUCGCCGCAAGCGAUAAGACAUACGUGAAGACGUACCUUAAAAACAGCUUCAAGGGGAAACUGCAAGUCUUCUAUUACCAAGAGUAUGAUGAAAAACGAAACGCAGUUAAAUGUCUACAGUGUAAAAGUGAGUUACCCCCUUGUGCCAGUGCCAUAGUAGGCGAAUGCAACGUUAUGAAAUAUUUGCAGGACCACUCAGACAGCGCCACGAUCGAAAAAUUUCAUCACGAAUUCGACACGAUUAAAUUGCAAAGUUGUAAUGUUAAAAAUAUUCUCAUAUGUGAUGAAAGCAAUAUGUUUUGCGAGGGCAAGUGCAGAAAAUUUUAUUUUUUAAAAAAAAGUUCCACCAGUAUACGAAGAUUAAUUUACGAAAGAGAUAAAGGCAUUUGUAAUAUUUGCAAAUUGGAUUGCACAAACUUAAUUAGACAAAUUAAAAAUCUAAAAUACUUUUCAAUUAACGAAAAAAUUGAUUAUUUUAUUAAAAAAUAUCCACUAUUUAUUGAAGAUAUUAAUCAUCUCACAUACAUACUUGAGAAACCAAUGGAGGGCCAUAUCUGGAACGUGGACCAUAUCUUGCCUGUUUUCAGGGGGGGUGGAGAGGCAUCCUUUGACAACCUCCAGACAUUGUGUACCUUCUGUCAUAAGAAAAAAACAAAGGACGAUUUUAAGAAAAGGGCGGAGAGGGGUAAUCCUGUGGAGAGCUCCCCUCCAAAAUGA